GUUUCUGACAUGAAUAUGGUUUCUAUGGCCAAUCAAGCAGCCUCUCCUUCCUCUUCUUCUUUCUCCAAUUCAUGCACGUAUGAUGUGUUUCUUAGUUUCAGAGGUGAAGAUACACGCCAUAAUUUUACAGAUCAUUUGUACAGUGCUUUGGUUCAGAAGGGAAUCAAUACCUUCAUAGAUGAUAAGCUCAGAAGAGGAGGAGAAAUAUCAGCAUCACUUCUCAAAGCAAUUGAAGAGUCAAGGAUUUCUAUAAUCGUAUUCUCUACAAAAUAUGCAGCGUUCAAGCGGUGCCUGGAUGUACUCGAUAAGAUCCUUGAGUGUAAAAAAUUGAGGCAACAGAAAGUGUGGCCGAUUUUUUACAAGGUCGAGCCCUCGGAUGUAAGGCACCAAAGAGGAUCUUUUGGUGAAGCGCUUGCUAAACAUGAAUGCAAAUUCAAGAAUAAUAUUCACAAAGUGCACAGAUGGAGGAAAGCUCUUUCAGAAGCAGCCAAUUUGUCUGGGUGGACUUUUUCAGAUGGUGACAGGCAUGAAUCUCAGUUUAUCCGUAAGAUUGUUGACGAUGUCUUAGAGGAACUAUCAUCCCAUGCAUAUUUAGAUGUGGCUACAUAUCCAGUUGGAAUAGAGUCUUAUGUAGGAGAAAUCAAUAAACUUUUAGAAGUUGGGGAAGAAAGUGUUUGCAUGGUAGGGAUAUGGGGAGCUGGUGGAAUUGGUAAGACAACAAUUGCUAAAGCUGUUUAUCAUUCAAUUGUCCAUGAGUUUGAUGGUAGUUGUUUCUUGGCAAAUGUUAGAGAAAACUCAAUGCCACAUGGAGGCCUAGUCCAAUUGCAAGAGACUCUUCUAAUUGAUAUUCUGAGGGUUAAAAAGUUGAAGGUGACUAAUGUUGAUAAAGGAGUCGCUAUGAUAAAGAAGAGGUUGAGCAAUAAAAAGGUUCUCUUGAUUCUUGACGAUGUGAAUCAAUUGGAACAGUUACACAGCUUAGCUCGAGGGUCUGAUUGGUUUGGAUCAGGCAGUAGAAUUAUCAUAACGACAAGAGAUAAACAUUUGCUAAUCGCUAAGUAUAUUUGAUAUACAAUGUCAAAGUAUU